AUUCAUUCGAGAUCAGUCGUCAGCAUAUUUGGCAGCCAUCUUGUUUUAUAAAAGGAAAAGUUUUAUUUUUUUCUUGUUGUAAAAUAUCAAAAUCUAUGUCGGAACCAACGUUUUUAGCUGCCGGGAUAUGGCUUGCCGUGGCUGGUGUUAUUGCUGUGGUUUUACUUAUCACAUCGUAUUUUGUAAGGCCUUCAGAAAAUAAGAGUAAGUAAAAAUUCUUAUUUUCUAAAUAUACUGUAUACAGCAUAUGUAUGUAUUGAAUAUUAUUAUUUUGGUGUGCGUUAUUUAUACAUAUACGUAAGCUGGAUUGCGAAGGGCUUCGAGUUGAAGGCUUUCUAGUGCCUCUAGAAGCUACUUUAAUUAAAUGACUAAUGUCUGAUCACACAGUGUGAAGCUAGGGGCCAUUCCAUUUAAUAUACACCCCCCCUAUGGACGAGAAUUUCUGAGGGGGGUUGAAAAAGCCGUUUCUGAGGGGUUGUGUGCAUCGACAUCCUUUGAUCUUUGCGUUUUUUCUGAGGGGUAUUAAGGCAAAAAUUUCUUAAUUUCUGGGGGGGUGUUUGUGUUGGCACUUUGAUCUAAGUUUUUUUCUUAGGGGUUCAAAUUUUAUUGACCUCGUACAUAGGGGGGGGGGGUAUAUUAAAUGGAAUGGCCCUAGGUUGAGACAGUGAGUUCCCGAGUAUUCCCUGCAUAGGGGGUAGUCCCAACUAUAAAUCCUGUCAUCAUUCCCUGUGGGGCAAAACUAGAGUACCUGAAUAUCACUUGCGCCCUUCGGUAAAGCAUUUACUGACUCUUUUUGUGUAAGUGUUAGUGUCAAUGUGUCAUGAGUCACAAUCUCAGAGGUGAAAGGUGCUUGCUAUGACGAUUGCGCCGCCACCAAAGGCCCAGGGUGCAUUCCGUGUAAACCUCAUGCCGAAGAUAAUCUGAGGUAGUGUUACCAUGCGCCAAGUGAGGUCAACUUGUCAACUUAUACGCCAGCUGAUCGCGGGCACCAUGAUUUUUCAUUAAUAGUUAGUUGCUUAAAAUUUAAACUUGCUAAAAAGGUGUGUAAUAUUGCACUGAUGAAUAAAAUGUUUUGCUGAUGAGCAAUGAUGAGUGUUGUUACUGUUGUAUCACAAGUUAUAACCACCAUUUAGCUACUAUUACAACCAGAAACACUUGUAAAUUUCUCGAGUCCCCAAAUAAUUAUAGAGGCCAAUCACCAGGUGAUUAUUGUCUCGCUUAAACAUUUGUCUCGCCAACCACCAAAACUAAAAACUUGUGCGUCAACCUCAACGUGAUUGUGCGCCAGCAAUUCAAAACUCACGCCGAAGAUCUUCCACAAAACAUGCAUGGAAUGCACUCUGGCCAAAGGCCCAUGCAGAAUGGGAAAAUGUUUUCCAUCCUUGUGUGUUGUUAAUUAAGUUCAACUAAAUUGACAAGGGAUCUACAAGAAAUAUUUCAACUUACAUAUAGCACAUAGAGGGUGGAAAAAAAAUUCUUUUCUGUAUUAAUUAAAACAUGAGCCAGUCACAAAGAAGGUCAGUUCAACCAAAUAAUCAGCUAACUAAUCUGCAUCGUAUAAUCAUCUGUUCACAAAGAUUGCCAAUUGCUGAGGUUGAUUAUUUUAUUGAGUUUUAUUAUACAGUAUUACUCUGUCUAAUGCCAGAUGAUUUUAUUCAUCAAAGGAAGAGUGCUGCAAUUCAAUCUGCCAUUGCAUCCUAGCUGUUAACCCUUUAAGUGGCAAAGCUCUCUGAUGAGCCCUACUUUAUUGUUUUACUCUGUCUAAUGCCAUUUACUCAUCAAGGAGAGAGUGCAACCACUCCAUGAGUUAAAGAGACAGUAUACAGUAUGUUGUUCAAAAGCACAAAUUAAUUCACUUUUUUAAAACUGUUGUAGAAAAGAAGGACCAGCCUCCUGCUGCAGUGAAUGAUAGAAAUGACAGAGUGGCUGGACAGCGCAGACGUCGCGGAGCCGACAUGAUGAGACGUCGAAUGCAAGAACAAGAUGAUGUUGAUGACGAAGGUUUGUAGAACUUUGGUUCACGACCUGACAUUUACCUAUUCAAAAAUCUGUUUUACCUGCCCCACUCACAUUACUGUUGAAACAUACUGUAAGACUAUUUUAUGAUCGAGAUUCUUAUUUUUUAAUAGUUACCGUAUACUUAUUCGUAUCUCAAUUUUUGUAGAUGAUGACUUUGGAGGUUUACCAUUUGAUCCAAAUGAACCUACUGGGAAAAUUGGAACAAAGAAAAUGAGAAAACUUGAAAUGAAAGCAGAGAAAAAGGCUUUGAGAGAGGUACAUUAUUUCUUCAACAAAUAAUCCAUUCAGUGACAGUGGAUGCUGAAUGGACACUUAUUGAAGUUUUCAAACAAUAAUUUCAAAUGGUCAUUAAACUACAUUCAAUUUGUAUAAUUCGAUAUAGUCAAUAUUAUCGAUAUAUUUUUUUGAUAUCGAUAUAUCAGUUUUUUCAAUAUUGCAUCAGCCUACAUCAGGCAAUUCGUAAGCUUGUAAAGCUACAGUACUGAGUGUUACGGUGUUACUCUGUAGGAGUAUGGCAUGAAGUACUGCUCCUAAAAUGAUGUAUUUCUAUCAAUCAUGAAACUUAGGAAAUGGAAAAUGAACGAGAGGACAGAAAACAACGACAGAAAAUAAUGGAGGAAGAUUCAAAACUUCAGGAGAAAAUACGCAAGAAACAAAAGGAAAAGGAGGUAUGUGUGGAUUGGAUGUCAAAACUGCAAUAGGUCAGCGAAAGUCCUGUUAUUAUAUGUGGUAAUUUGAUGGCAAAUAAAUACUGUAAGAGAGAGAUUUAGUUAAUAAGUGUUAUUUUCUGCCGGCUGAGGAACAAAAAGAGGUAGAAAAUGUUUUUUCUCACACACUGCUGGGGGACUGGGUCAAUGGUGGGGUCCAGGUCACUGGAAUCACUUUUUUGCUUGCACACCGUAAUGGCAGGAAGAGCCUUAGUGUGUUGAUAUUUUGUUUGUUAUCCAAUUGUUUGUAAAUAUUUUGUUAAAAGGUCAGGCUUACAUGUGCAGCAUCCCUCAGCAGUGUGUGGGAACUAAAUUCUUCUGAAUUUCACUACCUACUAUUAACUGUGUACACAUGAGCCAUAAAGGCCUGGUCAUACUAGUACAAUGAUAAUGAUACAAUAAUUUGUAAACAUAAGUAUGUUGAUUGGUCAAAAAAUUGGUUCUGACUGGAAAAAAUCACUCGAGGGUGAGCAAUUUACAAUCACUCCAUUAUAAUUGUAUUGUUGUACCAUGACCAAGCCUUAAAUAAUAUAAUUUAAUUAAUUGAUUGAUUUAUUGAUUGAUUGAUUUUGUUUGGAUAAAGGAAGAGGAGGAAAAGAAACGAAAAGAGGAACAAGAAAGAUUGGAACAUGAGGAAUAUUUAAAAUUGAAAGAAAGUUUUUCUGUGGAAGGAGAGGGAAGCGGUGAUCUAGAUUUGCAAGAAGAGGUAACAGCCAUCAUCUGUGGUAUAUGUGGAUUUUUUGGGUAGAGCAAUGCGUGUGCCAUGUUGACAAUAGUCCCAGAGAAAGUCAACACCCUCCCCCACCAACAAUGAAAAAAAAUGUUAGCAUUAACCAUAUAUAAAUUUUUGAAAUGUACAACAUCAAGAAUACAGUGGUAUGAUUUAUGCAAUCCUUCACAUAACGGUACCAACUAAUGGAGAGAUGCAUCCCUUCACUGCAUCCUCCCCCCCCCCCCAGUCAAGAUGAUCCUUGACCUUAAUCCCACCCUGUCAUAUGUUGUGGUUGAUUGCAGUAUGCUUACUAAAGUAGUUGAUCUUUUUUAUUCACUUACAGAGGGUUUAAUAUCAAACUUCUUGUAAUCGUCACUAUAUUCUAUGCCAACUUUCUAAAUAUUUUUUUUGUUAUUCUAGUCUCAAUCUUUACUGCAAGAUUUCAUAGACUACAUCAAGGUACAGAGCAAGUUAUACUCGGCAGUGUCAAAAUAAUAUAAAACUAGUUUUUCAUAUCUCAGAGGAUGGUUUUGAAACAAAUUUGGUGCCUAGGGUUUCCUUUUGGAGCAGAAAGGUUUUUUACUAUACAUCCCUGUUGUUGCUGCAAAACUAACAACUUUGAAAGUAAAUGUAUAGGACAUAAUAGCGUCUGUUUAAAAAGUUAAAUACAUUUUGGUUAAACAAAAUUAUUUUUAUAAUUUUAGAACACGAAGGUGGUACUUUUGGAGGAUCUUGCUGCACAUUUUAAUUUGCGUACCCAAGAUGCCAUUAACAGAGUUCAAGUUCUUCAGGAAGUGGGAAGGUUGACAGGUAAUAUUGCUUGAUCUUCCCAGUACAGAACAAUGGGAGCGACGAUAAGAGCCUGGGUAAGACAGUGAGCUGUGUAUAGGAAUGUGCAUGGUCAAACACUUGCUACAAAUACAUUUCGUAUGUCCCAAUAGUAAUUGGUUUUAGGUACGAAGUGAGACACACCCAUGAGACGUUUAUAUACAUACGUGUACAUGUAUUUAUGUACUGCAUUCAACUAGAUAUCCAAUCGCAUUGUUGAUUAAUAUAUUAUAAUAUAAAUAAUAUUAAAAUAUCUAUAAUAAGUAUUAGGUUAUAUAUCGGUUUACAGUAUAACCAACUUAUUUCAGUACUAGUUGAGGAGAUUUUCAAAGACUUUCGAUCACGAUUUUUCGAGUUUUGUCGACAAAUUUAAUCUAAUUAUUUAUUCACACGUUAUAUAACCUGUAUACAUUCCGCGGUACAUCAAAGAAAGCUGACUCAAUUGGUAAAUAAUCAACCAGAGUGUUUAGAAGAGAAGCGGAGUAGAGACUAGAGAGCCUGGCUUGCGAGGUUGAUAAAUAAUAUCAAUAAUAAGCAAAUCCAUUUGUGAGUUCUGGGUAACCAGGUAUAAUAUCAAACAUGUUUUCACUCACUGCUCUGGUCUGGUUAAGUAAAUCAGCGGGGAUUCUAUGAAACAUAUCCAGCAAAUUUAUGUUUUAGGGGUCGUUGAUGACAGAGGAAAGUUCAUUUAUAUCUCCCAAGAAGAACUGGAAUCUGUGGCGAAGUUUAUUAAACAACGAGGCAGAGUUUCGAUAAGUGAAAUCUCUGAUUCCAGUAACUCUCUGAUCAAUCUUGAUGCAGCUCUUCAAAGAAGAGAAGUUCAGCCUAUUGAGUCGCCUGCAUAACUUUGCCAGAUGCAUAUGAGUAUAUUCAUCAAAAUAUAUAUUUGUUCAGCAACUAACAUGGCAAAUUCUCUUAUCAAUUGUGAAGCGGCUAUUCACGGAGGGUGUGACUGUGAGGCCCCUCAAUAUCUUUAUACUGUCUCUGAAUGGUAGAUGACUACACAAAGUAACUUUCUAGCGAGUUUUUUCAACAAGGACAACCCGAUAUCUUAAAUAUUAGCCAAAAAUGACGACUGAAAUUUGCAGGAUUAGUAUAUGUUGGCAACCUAAGUUCAUGGGGUAUGAGCUUAGAUUGCCAACAUAUUCCAAUCCUGCAAAUUUCAGUCCUCAUGUUUGGCUAAUAUUUAAGUGUCCUUUUCCUGCCUGGCUGGCAUUUUGACCUGUACUUACAUUAUGUCGAUUCAAAGUGAAGGGAAAGACAGCACGGGGUCACGGGCUGCAAAUUGUGCAUCCUGAACUCGUUUUCAAAUGCGCGCUUGCGUUUUCAAGCUAGAACGUUCUGAACGAGUUCAAAGCACCAUUUGCGUUCGAACAGUGUCACCCUCGUAGAGCAACAAGCGCAUAAGCCCUGGGUACGACGUUGACACAGUGUUAUGUUGGGGUUAUGUUUAGCGUUUGUAUAUAUAAGGAUUGGAGUUGGGGGAUAAUGAAUGUUAAGAUUGGGUUAGGUAAAUGUUAGGGUUGGGAUACGAUUAACUAAAGGUAAGAUUGAGGCUUAGUUUGGGGAGGGUGUAAAUUGGUAAAAAAUUAUAAUUGGUAGAAGGCAGGCUUUUAGCCAGAGGGGCGUCCUGAGACGCCCCUAGAACGAAAAAUGGACGCCCAAAUUCUUUUCAAUAAAUUAUUUUCAAUAAUUUCCCUAAGUAUAUUAAUAUAUCCGAAACGAAAUAGCUUCACUUCUAAUUAUCAUUAUACAUUUGACAUUUUGAUCAAUUUGAUGGUGUACCUAGCUGAAUGAAAACGUCGUAGUUAAGUAAAGAAGCAUAGCGGCACAAACUCACAAAGCCAAGUGUGUUGGAACAGAGCUUGGAACAGAUACUGACAUGAAGUGACGUAAAUUUCAAAGGUUUUCCAGAGGAACAUUUCCUCC